UCAAUCAGACAACACACAUCCAGGAAGGAAGUAUUACCCAUUCAGGACAUUUACACGAGUUGAAGUUCCUCAUAAAAGCACCAAGUGUGUUAUCCUCAACCGUCUCUUUUGUUUGAAGUGUUUACUGGAACACUUUACGCACGUCGAUUAAUUUAAGAUGGGAUACAUGGUAGUAGAGGACCAAAGCGCCACAAUGCUGCACCUAAAGAGAACCCCUGGCAUCCGUUCCUGGUCUCUUUGUGUUGGAAUGGCAUCAAUUGGGUUGGCGGCUGCAUACUACAGCUCUGAUAGCAUCUUGUGGAAGCUUUUCUAUGUGACUGGCUGUCUGUUUGUGGCCAUGCAGAACAUGGAAGAAUGGGAAGAGGCCGUGUUUGACAAAGCUAAGAAUGUGAUCGAACUAAAAACCAUAAGUUUGUACACUUUAGUGCUGACGUUGAGGAAAAAGGGACAAGAGAAAGUGGUGUUGGACUUGAGACAUCUGCAUGACGUAUGCAUCCAAGAAGAAAGGGUCCGUUAUUUGGGGAAAGGCUACCUUUUGAUGUUACGUCUGGCUACAGGUUUUUCCUACCCCUUGACUCAGAGUGCCACACUUGGAGGGCGCAGCGAUGUGGAGGCACUCGCUGCACUGCUGAAGCGCUUCUUGGGGCUGGAGGAACGGCGACAGCAGGAUGGCAAGGCAGAGUACGCAGAGGCGGAUGCUGACUCUUUGGGUAACAGUAGUGAUUCAGACGAAGAAAAAGAAAAACCUUGACCUUAAACGGGGUAUAAAGUGAAAAAACUUUAAUUUGGAAAGGACGGAUUUUGGGACGUUACCACUGUGCAGACGUAACAUUGGGUGAGGUUAUUAUGAUGCCUUUAUUGCAUGGUAUGAUUACCUUUAUACUUUAAAUACAAACAUGUGGUUUUUUUUUUUUACAAUUUGCCUUAUUUAAAAAAGUAUUUGUUUGUAGGUAUGUUGGGCUUUUCUAUCUAAUUUACUAAACACUGCAGAUUACAGAUGAACUGUUUCUUCCUACUGAACCCUAACCGGUAUUUAUUGUGUACUUUAACAGAAAGAGCUAUUCCCACAAUUUACUAAACCUCACAGUUGUUUUUUGUUUACACACACCCAGCUUUCAAUAAGGAUAAAUGCAUGCACAAACUGUAGUUAAGAGUACAUUACUAUAUGUGUGAAUUCCCUCUGCCUGUUACUUCUCUGCUUGUUAACCAAAUACAUAUACCAGGGCUAUUCAACUAAAUUGUUUUGAGGGCUACAUUUUUAGAAAGCUAAGGACUUUUCCCUUCACUAUUAAUCUUAUUUUGUUAAUUUCUGAGAACCAGCGUCCUUUAGAGGGGACAUUCGAUUUUGGUCUAUUUUUUCAGGGUUACAAAUUAUUGUUGUAAAAAUAGCCUCGUCUGUAGAACAGUAGUGCUCUCCUGUUUUUAAGGACCUACUGCAAAAUACCCUUUUGACCUAAGGCCCCAACUUUUUCAGUACAAAUCGACUCAGGGACCACUUACUGUUAAUAUUAACACACAAUUAGUAAUUUAACUCUUGGAUUUAAUCAUAUUCAUUAAUCAUAUGUAACGUUCUUACAGUUUAACAGGUCUAAACCUUGUUAAAUGAUAUAAAACCAAAGUGUUAUUCACAAAGAUCAUGUUAUUUAUUUAUCCAUAAACCACCACAUACAACAACAUGUUGAACAAGGGAUCAGGUUGAUAAAUACUAAUCGAAUAUACUGUAAAAGAAGGAACUCUUAAUAUUUUUUAUGAAAAUACAUUUGCAUAUGCAGCGCUGAAAUAAAUAAAUUCAAACUGAAUCAAUAAAUAACAGUUAUGUAUCGGUCAAGAGACUGAUGCAUUAUGCGUGAAGUGGUGAAAAAGUGUAUAAAAACGCUGCGGCCCAAACAGACUACAGAUGAGAAGCAAGUCAUACAUACAUACUGUAACUGUACAUAUAGGUAUAUGUGUAUCUUUUCUCAGUUUUUUUAAUUUACACACAUCGGCCGCCAGAUGCAUUUUUUUCUAUCAAUGUGGCCCCGUAGUCAAAAUAAUAUACCAGGUCUUUCUCAUACCAUGAUUAUUUCAUAUACUUAUAAAAGGAAUACAGUCAUUUAUUAAAGUGAACAUAACACAGG